AUUUGCCGUGCGUAUCAUUCGUCAAUCGUGUAGUGUGCGGUUGGCCUUAGAAUUUAAAAAAAGAAUGCAUAGUUAUGAACGCUUUAGAUUUAUUUAUCAGUAUACGGACAGUCACCAAUGAAUGAAGGUGAUUUCGUUGUGCGGUUCUCAUAAACUAUUUGUUUACGAUAUUCUUGUUCUUUUUUUAAACACUAUUAAAAAAGAUGAGCCAAGUAAACGACAAGGAUGUGGAGGCCAUCAAGGAAUGGUUAUCCAAAGACCCUAAUCUACCAAAAAACUUCGAGGACAUCAUGAUAAAGAAAUUCCUGUACAGCUGCAACAGCAGUUUGGAGCGGACCAAGAAAUGCAUUCAGAGCUUCUGCACUUCCCGAAAUGCUAUGCCUGAGGUGUUCACCGAUAGGGAUCCAAUGUCGCCUAAAGUGCAAACAGCAUUUAAUAUUACUUCUGUCGCUACAUACUUGGCCGGCAAAGAUGAGAUCCUCAUUCAUCGUUUGGAAAAAACAGAAAAUUUUGAUUUCUACGACUGUGUCAAGUCUUUCAGUCUUCAAGCUGACCAGUGGAUGACAUUGGACAGAGACGUACUGCCUGAGAACCACAUUGUCAUCUUAGAUAUCAAAGUAUUUACCCUGAUGGUCGUCGCCAAGUCCAACGUAUUUUUCUUCCAGAAGUUUGUUCUUUUUUUAUUGGAAGCUAUGCCAGUACAUCUGACUCAGGUCCACGUGGUGAACUGUCCGUCAUUUUACGAAUACAUGUAUGGUUUAGUCAAAGGUGCAUUACCGCAGCAUAUUAGAGAUAUUAUCCAUUUCCAUUCGGACCACGUUGGGCUGCACAACCAUAUUGACAAGAAGUACCUGCCCGUAGAAUAUGAUGGCGAAGCGGAGAGCUUGGUGGAACAGAGUCAGUUUUGGGUUAAAGAAAUUUCUGAGAGAAGAUCAUUCUUUAAGAACGACGAUCUAUGGAAGGCUGAUGUGAACAAAAAAGUGAAGAAAGCAGUCGUCGAUACAAGCAUGAGCGGGUCUUUCAGAACUUUGGCUAUAGAUUAAUAUUAACUCUCAUUUUCUUAUUAUUUUAAAAUAGUUUUAGGUCCAAUUAUUGUAUUGUAAAUGUCGCUUAUCUAGCUCUAAGUUAAUUUAGUUUUUGUUGAGAAGAAUGUCUCUUAUGUACCUAUGAAUAAGUAAAUUGAGUAUUUUUGAGGAUGCAUGGUACGUCAUGGGCAUACUGAUCGCUUAUAAGAGUCCCGCUGUGACUUGAAACUAGUAGAGCUUUUCUCAGAUAGUUCAAGCGACUAAGUCGUUAUUUUCCAUAAGUUUAGUAUGUCUCACGAUGGUUACCAUUCGCAAAUACUUUAUGGAUUAUGGUUAAUUUCGAAAGUUACGCACUUUUGAGGAGCAAAGUAUUCGAAUAACUCACUCAGCCCUUGCUGGGUCGAGAGAGUAUCAGAGUCUUUAUCACUAAAGACCUCCUUGUUUUGAUUCCAAUGUUAUAAAAUAAGCUAUAGAUGUUACUCCGCUUGCCCGCAAGUCCAGCUAGAUAAACCUUUUCAAAAGUUAUGAUAUUUUUGAGCAUGAAAUAAUUGGCAAUUAUGAGGCAACAAGUAUGAAAUGAUUAUUUUUUUAAAUUUGUAUGUUCGUAUUUUAAUUUAUUAUUUCGAACAAUACACUGUUAUUUUUAUUUUUUUAAGACAAUGUGUUGAAUGAUGCGUGACGUCCCAUUCUAGUACAUUUUAUACUGAGAAGUGGCGUAGUGACCUCGCUAUUUUAAAUAAUUCU